AUGACGCUCCAACCCAAGUCGCUCGCUAUCGCCGCCCUCGGCGCACUCUCGCUGCUGCAGCCCGCCCUCGCUGCCACCACCGAACAAUGGCGGUCGCGCUCCAUCUACCAGGUCAUCGUCGACCGCUACGCCCGCACUGACGGCUCGACCACCGCCGCAUGCGAUGUCGAGGAACAGAUUCACUGCGGCGGCACAUGGAAGGGCCUGGAGAACAAGUUGGACUACAUCCAGGGCAUGGGAUUCACCGCUAUCUGGAUCUCGCCCAUCACCAAAGGUAUCGAGGGCAAUUGGCCCUCAGCUGGCGAAAACUACCACGGCUUCUGGCAGCAGGACCCGAGCCAGUUGAACGAGUACUUUGGGACCGAAGAUGACCUCAAGAGCUUGUCCAAGGCCGUCCACGACCGCGGCAUGUACCUGAUGAUUGAUUUCGUCGCCAACAACCUGGCAUGGCCCGGCCCUGGCGCCGACGUCGUCUACUCCAACUUCUCGGCGCCCUUCAACACCCAGUCGGCCUUCCACAAGUUCUGCUACAUCACCGACUACAGCAACCCCACCAACUACCAGAACUGCUGGCUCGGAAGGGAUACACUCUCUCUGCCCGACAUCAACACCGAAGACCCGGACAUCAUCGAGUACUUCGAGAACUGGGGCGUCAAGGUGACGACCGACUAUCAAGUCGAUGGCUUCCGUGUCGAUGCCGUCAAGCACGUGCCCAAGGCCUUCUGGAGCGAGUUCGAGUCCAAGGUCAACACCUACACCAUCGGCGAGGAUUUCACCUCGCAGACCGAGUACAUCUGCAACUACAUGAUCAACGCCGUGUCCGCCGUCCUCAACUACCCCAUGUGGUACUCGAUCAUGAACACCUUCAAGAACUCGACCUCCCCCGUCCAGGCCCUCACGUACGCCAUUAACAACCUGGACACAACCUGCCACGACCCCACCAUCAUGGGUAUCUUCACUGAGAACCACGAUGUUGCUCGCCUGGCCAACAUGACGGACGACCUCUCGCACCUGAAGAACGCCCUGGUCUUUGGCCUGCUUGGCGACGGCAUUCCCAUUUUGUACUAUGGCACCGAGCAGCGUUUCCACGGCGGCGAGGAUCCGGGCAACCGUGAGGCGCUGUGGCUGUCGGGCUACAACACGUCGGCGCCGCUGUACCAGCUGGUCAAGCAAAUCAAUUGGGCGCGCAACGCCAUUGUCGGCAACGCCACCUACGACUACUGGAGCCCGUACUGGACCCACAAGACCAAGGCCAUCGUCGCCCACGACGACGUGCUAGUGAUGCGCAAGGGCUACGACAAGAGCUUGGUCACGGUCAUCACCAACAAGGGCAGCAACGCCGACGACAUUGGUCCCUUCGAGAUCGGCGAUACGAACUUCCACGCGGGCGCGCAGAUCGUCGACGUUACCACGUGCAAGACUAAGACCACAGGCGACGCCGGCGUCUUCUCCACCACUUUGACCGGCGGCGAGCCGCAGAUUUGGGUUCCGACGCAGUACUUCAACGGCACCCUCGCUGACAUUUGCCCCGACGUUUCGAUCAAGGCCGACGACAACGACGGAAACCCCUCGACGGGCGGAUCCGGCUCCGAGGAGGACAGUUCGAGCUCGUCGUCGUCGUCGCUUGCGCCCGCCACGGCCAAGUCCAGCAGCCUGGCGCUACUCAGCGCCGUCUUCCUGGUAAUCUUAAUUCUGUAA